UGUUAUUGCUGGUGCCCUUUUCUCUCUCCAGUGAUCCGUCUUUGUUCUUCCCAAGUUCACUCGAUGGUAGAUCCCUCUGUGCUUGAAUACAAUACCCGGCGAAAAAGACAACACGGUACCUCUCUCGAGGAGCAAAGUUUAUCAUCUGUAGAAUCAACCAACCAAUUUGUUCAACACAUGGUGUCCAAUUGUUGCAAAAAAGAGGAGAAGAAACCUCAAUCUCUCGCAGUUCCUCCUGUUAUUCCACCGAAAGAUGCAAUCAUGCCAAUCGCGCCACUGACCGGAAAUCCAUUCUUCACUUGCAUCAUUUCAAAGUCCCAUGUUCAAUCCCCAUGCCAAGUGUCGAUUCCAAGGAGUUUCUACCGAUAUCUUCCAACUGAGUGUAUUCCAGUUACACUCACCUAUCAAAACAAAUCAUGGAAGAUGACUUACUGGGGAGAUCGCCCCUUACGACGCAUCGAUGGUGGGUGGAGGAAAUUCACCGCUGACAACAAGCUAAAGGUUGGCGACGGUUGUGUAUUCGAACUGAUUGACACCAAAAACUUGCAACUCAAAGUCCAAAUCCUCCCUGGAGAACUUCCGGCCGAGUUUAAUCCAACGAUUGCUGGCGGCCAGAACUCUGAAAGUCCCAUCUUUAUCGACUAGUAAACUUCUCUCUACUUCUUGUUACAUCAAUACAUGUUAUAUUAUUCAGACUUCAAAUAUUACUAUCAAAUUCAAUGACAAAGAUUUAGAAACAAGAAGAAAGAUUAGUAGUGGUAUAACUAGUCAGUAAGCAUUG